AUGGCUUAUGAUCGCUAUGUAGCCAUCUGUAUCCCCAUGCGCUACUCUAUCAUCAUGAAGAGAAGUGUUUGUGUCCUUCUUGCCUCUGUUUCUUGGUUUGUCAGUGCCAUAAAUGGAUUUCUGUUUUCUUGGCUCAUUUCUAAUUUAUUGUUCUGGGAUCAUCAAAAAAUCAACCAUUUCUUUUGUGAGCUAAAAACCGUUGUGGGGCUUUCUUGCAGUGACACUGACACCAUCAAUAUUGUGUUAAUUGUAAUAUGCAUAUUUUUUGGCUUCUUACCAUUUGGUUUAAUUCUGAUUUCUUAUGUAAACAUUAUGUCUGUUGUCUCAAAGAUCCAAACUUCAGCAGGAAAACUCAAGACCUUCUCCAGCUGCUGCUCCCAUCUCACAGUUGUGCUUCUGUUCUGUGGGACAUCUUUAAGUUUGUACAUGAAGCCUGAUUCUGGGAAUUCCCAAGAAAUGGAUAAGCUGCUGUCUCUGCUGUAUGUGGCUGUCACUCCCCUGUUAAACCCAUUGGUGUAUAGCUUGAGGAACAAGGAUAUUAUUAAUGCCAUUAAACAUAAAAUUGUCUCAAUGUCAUUGUUCAGGUAG